UAGUAUUUAAACCUAUAGGUCUUUGAAAAAAAUUGUAUUCAAUUCCGUUUUUCAACGAAUUAUCACAAACAAACCCAAGCAAUUCAAAAUGUUCAAAUUCAUCGCUGUCUGCUUCUUCGCUUUGUUGGCUAUUGCCGCCGCUAAACCCGGUUUGGUAGCUCCUUUGGCUUACACCGCUGCCUACACUUCUCCUUUGGCCUACUCUGCUCCUUUGACUUAUGCUGCUGCUCCCGCUGUUGUUGGUCAUGCUUCCUAUGUUGCUCCUUAUGCCUCCACCUACAAUGCCCAUCACAUUGCUCACUCUGCUGCCUUCCCCGCCACUUAUGCUGCCGCUCCAGUAGUACAUGCCGCCCCUGCCGCUUAUGCUACUCCUCUUUUCUUGAAGAAAUAGAUCGGAGAAUUGGAUUUGAAUAAAGACUGAACGAAAACUGAAAA